CUUGCCCAUGUGGAUCACGGUAAAUCCAGCUAUGCGGAUUCCUUACUGGCUGCCAAUAACAUCAUCUCACCACGGCUUGCGGGAAAAUUGCGUUACCUUGACUCGAGACCUGAUGAACAGGAGCGUGGUAUCACCAUGAAAUCAAGUGCGGUAUCCUUAUCUUACAAAAUCUUACGCAAGGAUUCGGAUGGAACGGAUCAUAUGGAAGACUAUAUCAUCAAUUUGAUUGAUACACCCGGGCAUGUCGACUUUACUAGCGAGGUAUCUACUGCAAGUCGAUUGUGUGAUGGAGCUUUGAUUUUGGUUGAUGUAGUAGAAGGAGUCUGUACACAAACUAUCAAUGUUCUACGACAGGCAUGGAAUGAACAACUCAAGCCUAUCCUUGUGAUCAACAAAAUGGAUCGUCUUAUUACUGAACUACGUCUCUCACCAACAGAAGCUUAUUAUCAUCUUGUACGAUUAGUCGAACAAGUUAAUGCUGUCAUGGGUUCAUUUUUUGUAACCCAAAGAAUGGAACAAGAUUUAAAAUGGCGAGAAGCACAAGAAAAACAAAAUGAAGAUCCGAAUUUAAUCAAACCAGAAGAAUUUCAAGAAACUGAUGAUACCGAUUUAUAUUUUAAUCCUACCAAAGGUGAUGUUUUGUUUUCGUCGGCGAUUGAUAAUUGGUCAUUUACGAUUUCAAAAUUUUCUCAUCUUUGGUCAAAGAAAUUGGGAAUCAAAGAAGAUAAAUUAGAACGUUGCUUAUGGGGUGAUUAUUUCUUUGAUCAAAAGUCAAAAAUGGUCUUAACAAAGAAACAAUUGAAUGGAAGACCAGGUCUUAAACCGAUGUUUGUACAGUUCAUCUUAGAUAAUCUAUGGGCCGUAUAUGAUGCAGUGAUUUUAAACCCUGAUCUGGCUAAAACUCAAAAGAUCAUUAAUUCCCUAGAAAUCAAAAUUCGACCACAAGAGCUUAAAUCUAAAGAUACUAAAAAUUUACUUGGCUCGAUUUGCUCACAAUGGCUACCGAUCUCUACCGCGACUUUUAGAACCAUAGUGACCAAGAUACCUGAUCCUAUCGCAUCACAAUCUCUGCGUCUUCCCAAGAUUCUCCACCCUCACCUCAACGAUCUGAAUGAAUUAGUGGUGACAAAUCCGUUGGAAAAAGAUUUAUAUUCAGGACGCGACUCAGAUGACGCACAUGUAGUGAUUUAUGUCAGUAAGAUGUUUGCAGUUCCAACCAAUGAACUACCGCAGUUUCAAAGAAGGCAGCUUACGGCCAACGAAAUGCGUGAAAAAGGUCGACAAGCUCGUGCAAAUCUCCAAUCUAAGCUUGUACAGGUUGAUGGAGAAACAGUAGAGGCUACGCUUGUAGAGCCUAUAGAAAGAGAAGAACCACCCCAAGAACCUCCGAAAUCGUCUGUGGAACCACCGAUAUCAGAUGAAGACGAAGAAUCUCUCAUCGGGUUCGCGAGGAUAUAUUCAGGAACCGUCAAAGUCAAUCAAAGGCUAACAUGUGUUCUGCCGAGGUACAAUGAGAAAGAUACACCAGAAGCACGCAAAGCGAAUACCAAAGAGGUUACCAUUGAAAACUUGUAUAUGAUCAUGGGACGAUCACUUACUCUGGUAAAUGAAGUUAAAGCAGGUCAUGUCUUUGGAAUUGGUGGUUUGGCUGGAAAGGUUCUUAGGAAUGCCACUUUAUGUGGUAGACCAUUAGCUUCGAAUCCGAUUGUGGACAAUACUAGUGCUACGAUUGCGCCGAUGGAACCUCUUUCAUUACCGCUCAUCAAUCUUGCAGGCGUACGGCUUACUUCAACACCAAUGGUUCGGGUCACCCUCGAACCAAAGCAGCCAUCUGAUAUGCCAAAACUCGUCGAAGGGCUGAAAUUACUCAACCAAUCCGAUCCUUGCGUGGAAACCCUGAUUCAAGACACUGGUGAGCAUGUGAUCUUAACAUCAGGAGAAGUGCAUUUAGAGCGAUGCUUGAGCGAUUUAAGAGAACGUUUUGCAAAGAUCAAGAUACACGCCUCCAAGCCGAUUGUCCCUUUCCGAGAGACUGCGAUUCGUACUACAGAGAUGGUACCUUUAAAAAACCCAGAUCAACCUCGUGGUACUGUUUCUGGUUCAGUUUCAAAUGGCUUGAUAACAUACACUAUUCGAGCAGUACCUUUACCUGAUCAGAUCACCGAUCAUCUGAUCAAGUCAUCAGAUCUGAUUCGAAACAUUGCACCACGUCAUCGGUCGGAUCAAACGAAAAAGACUUUACCUCUACCUUCCAAAGAAGGAAUUGUUUCGACCGAUGAAGUAGAUGACUUACCCCAGACUAAUCUAACAGAUGUUGAUGAUAUCUCUUCUGUAAAGGCUGGAACAGUCUUUUGGAAUAGUCUUGAUGAAAAAUAUCAAGCUUAUCAUUCUUCUACUAAUGAUGAAGAUUUAAAAGAUUUUGUGGAGAAGAUAUGGGCAUUUGGACCUAGACGAACUGGACCUAAUGUAUUAUUAGAUCAAUUACCUCGUUCAAAUCGAUCACGCGUGUUCUCGUUUAGACAUAAAGCAUUACGUACUAAACAACAACCUGAUGCAUCAGUUGUAUCAGAAUCAUUACCUGACUCAAGUGAUCUAGAUUCUAAAGAUGAAACCAAUCCAGCUAGUAUAGAUUUACGUGAAUUUGAUGAAUCGAUUGAAACUGCAUUUCAAUUAACCACCCUCAAAGGACCCUUAUGUGCAGAACCAUUAUCAGGGAUGAGUUUUUCAAUCCAAAAUUUAGAACUAGAUAGGAGCAAAGCUUCUGUAGAAUCAAGUAAAUGGUCUCAACUUACUGGAGAGUUGAUUUCUUCUUUACAAGAAUCGAUGAAGAAUGCUAUGUUGGAUUGGUCACCACGAUUACUUUUGGCUACUUAUAUAUGUGAAAUUCAAGCUACAACUGAUGUAUUAGGUAAAGUAUAUGCAGUAGUCUCUAGAAGAAAAGGAACGAUCAUUUCAGAAGAAAUUAAAGAUGGAACGACGUUUUAUAGUAUUAAAGCUAAAUUACCGAUUAUCGAAUCAUUUGGAUUUAAUGAUGAAUUGAUGUCAAAAACAUCUGGGAUUGCUUUACCACAAUUAAUCUUUGAUGGGUUUUUAAAGAUUGAUCAAGAUCCAUUUUGGAUACCUAAGACAGAUGAAGAAUUAGAAGAUUUCGGUGAGAAGGCUGAUAAGGAAAAUACGGCUAAAAAGUAUAUGGAAUCGGUUAGAAAGAGAAAGGGAAUGUUUGUUGAGAAGAAAAUCGUUCAACAUGCUGAAAAACAAAGAACAUUAAAAAGAUGA